GGUAUCAUUUUGCUUUACAAGCUCUGGUUGAACAUUGAGUGCUCAUACUCUGUAAAAUUGACAUACGUUGAAAGUGACGUUUUGAAUUGACUCGCGAAACAGAACAAAUCCACCAUGGCACGCGAACAAGACUACCACACUAUCAUGUAUGGGCUGGAGGAGCUUGAUUUGCAAAUGAGCUCAGUGCCCAGUGAUCUUGUACUGAUAGGUGAACAUGCUUUUCCACUUGUCAUGAAUCCAAAAGGGCAGGUGCUGAUGGCUGCAUCUUAUUACGGUAAAGGAUGUGUGGUGGUGUUGGGACAUGAGCAAUACCUAACACGCUUUCCCGGCUUUAUAAAGAAUGCCCUAAAGUGGCUCAUGCCAAGUACUGGUGAUGCUGGCAUUGUAGGAAUUCAGAAGAGUGGAUUAGCUGUUUAUAUCACAGAUGCUUACAGUGUUGAGACUUGUGCAAAGGAUCUGAUUGCUUUCAUCAAAGCUGGUGGUGGCUUGAUCAUGGCUGGCCAGGCCUGGCUUUGGGCUGGAACCCACCCACAAGAAAACACUCUAAAGAACUUCCCAGGAAACAAGGUGUGCAGUGUUGCAGGAAUUUACUUCUCGAAACGCUAUGGAAAAGUUGGCAUUUUUCCUGUUCCAAAACAAAUCCCUUAUAGUUGGCUUGCUUUAUCUGUAGGCAAUGACUUUAAGGAUGACCUACAGAUCCUGCUAGAAGGUGUGUCCGAGUUUGAUGUCCAAGGUAAGGAUAUAGCGUCUGAGGUGAUGGUGCAUGGACCAUUAGCAUUUCCCAUUGCAGUCACUCCAGCUGUAAAAACAUUCAUUGCUGGUGCCUAUUAUGGGCAAGGUCGAGUUAUUCUGUUAUCACAUGAAUGCUACAUGGAGCGGGACUCUCUGUCCACUUUCCUGAUCAACGCUAUCAAGUGGCUUGACGAAGAUCGCAAGGGUGUUAUUGGGAUACUACCCAGCCGAAAGAGAGCCCACAGGGUACUGAGCAAAUCUGGUUUAGAUUGCCAGUUGACUGGUUUGAGAAAAGAUUUAAGCGUCUACGUUUGCACUUCAUACAGUGAUGCCCAAUGUGCAGAGAUCCAAGAAUUUGUUGCUGAAGGUGGAGGUCUUAUGAUUGGGGGUCAUGCUUGGCAUUGGGCCCAGACCCAGCGUGGCCGCAAUGUGAUGACCGAUUACCCAGGAAAUCACAUUCUUAAUAAGAUGGGAUUGUCUCUCUUGGGCAGCACCUUGAUUAGAGGGAUAUAUAAAGCCCCAGAAAUUGGGCAAAGUUAUAAAGAGGGGUACCAUUUUUGUAACAUGCUGCAUCAGUUUGCUAAACAUGUAUACCUGGGGCAAGAGCUGACUAAUCAUGAACAGAGCUGCUUGAAGCAGCUGGGCAAUGACUGUGCCAGUUACCUUCAAAUGCGAUGUCACAACAGCGCCGCCUAUACUUCAAUGGUAGCGAUUCUUAGUGACAUAGUGAAGAAGUUUGGUUUUCCACAAGUGUCUAGUAACAGCCCUGUUAAAAGUGCCAAAGACCACCUGAUGCUCCACAUUGGGUCUGAGGUAUACAAAGUGUCACCUGAUCCUGAUGCCCUUCUUCCAUACAUCAUCAAGGACAGACCUAAGUUGCCCACUGUGUCUAAAGCAAGAGUUCGGAUCAGUGCCAAAACUGAAGGCUCUGAAGAAUGGAUAAGCACAGGCUUAUAUCUUUCUCCUGGUAUGAAGACGAACAUAGCAGUACCUCCAGAGAUCAUUAGGAAAAAUUGGCAGGUGCAACUUGGUUGCCAAACAGAUAAUAUUGGUGGAGAAAAUGUUCUGAAACGGGCUCCUGUUGUCCAUGAGCGAUUCCCUUUGGAUGCAGAGAUGGUCCAAGUCUCCAAUCUAUGGGGAGGGCUCAUCUACAUAAUAGCACCUCCCCAAAGCAAAGUGGAUGGGGUAGAAUUUGUCGUGCAGGAUGCCGUACAGGCUCCAUACUUUAAGUCUGGAGAGACUAGUGUAGCUGACUGGGUGGACAGGAUCCGUCAGGCACCCGCCCCUUGGGCAGAGCUUGAGUUUGAGAACAUCAUCAUGACAUUACAUUCAGAAUUUAUAAGAAAUCUAGACCGCCCUGAUGAGGUGGCUAAACUUUGGGAUACCAUAAUGAGAAGCAUAGCUGACCUGGCAGCAAAGCCUGGCAAGUUCCCCCGAAAGGAGCGAUUUGUUGCAGAUGUUCAGAUCUCUGGCGGUUUCAUGCAUGCUGGAUAUCCCAUCAUGAUGCAGACUGUCUCUGCCCCAGAACUUGUAAAUGUACAGGAAGCCUAUAAAAAGGGUCUUUGGGGACAAAUUCACGAGCUGGGUCAUAACCAACAGCGUAGCGUUUGGGAGUUCCCUCCACACACCACUGAGUGCACAUGCAACCUGUGGUCACUGUAUGUAAAUGAGGAAGUGCUGGGUUUGAACAGGUCUAAAGCUCAUCCAUAUAUAUCUCCAGAAAAACGCCAGGCUCGUAUCAAAUCAUAUUGCGAUGGUGGUAAGGUUUUAAAAAACUGGAGCGUGUGGACAGCACUCGAGACUUACAUGCAGCUUCAGGAAAAAUUUGGCUGGGAUGCUUUCAAGAAAGUUUUUACUAGCUACGAUGGCAUGAAUGGAGUGCCAGACGACAAUGCAGAGAAGAUGAAUCUGUAUGCUGAGACCUUUUCCAAGGUGGUCAAAAUGAAUCUGUGCCCCUUCUUCAAAGCGUGGGGUUGGCCCAUCCAGCCUCACACACACAAAAAAAUCUCUCAUCUCCCUGAGUGGAGUGACCAUCCUAUGGUCCAGUAUGGAUAA